CUCUAACUCCUCUUCUCUAACUCCUCUUCUCUAACUCCUCUUCUCUAACUCCUCUUCUCUAACUCCUCUUCUCUAACUCCCCUUCUCUAACUCCCCUCUUCUCUAACUCCCCUCCUCUCUAACUCCCCUCCUCUCUAACUCCCCUCCUCUCUAACUCCCCUCCUCUCUAACUCCCCUCCUCUCUAACUCCCCUCCUCUAACUCCUCUUCUCUAAAUCCCCUCCUCUCUAACUCCCCUCCUCUAACUCCUCUUCUCUAACUCCUCUUCUUUAACUCCCCUCCUCUAACUCCCCUCCUAUCUUCCUCUUCUCUAACUCCCCUCCUCCUCGAACUCCCCUCCUCCUCUAAUUCCCCUCCUCCUCUAACUCCCCUCUCUUCCUCCUCUCCUCUCUUCUUCUCCUCUCUUCCUCCCUCUCUCCCCGUCCCCAGAGUUUCCCAGAAGAAGGUGUUUCAGACUGUACGCCUCCCAACGAGUCGGUAGAGCGAGCUGCGGCGAUGGCCACGCCCCCUAUCCCCGGCUCGGGAGGCAGCUGCCUGGUGAUGACGGCCCAGCCCUUCCUGUCCGCACAGGGGAUCGACCAAUCCCACGGCCGCGCCAAUAGGGAGGAGGUCCCGCUCGGCAAGCCUGGCGCACCAGGAGGAAAUGACCUCGUGUCGGCGCUACACCGCCUCUCCCUGCGGCGGCAGAAUUUCCUGUGCGAGCGGCAGUUCUUCCAGGCAGAACGCGACAAGAAGCUGGAGGCCCUGGCUGGGGGAGUGGAAUCGGAUGUGGAGGGGAGUGGCUACAGCUCACCAAUGAGCAGCGUCAUGUCAUCCUUCACCAACCUAUCAGAGUUCUCGGUCUCGUCCAGCUGUUUUAAGACCUUCCUGCCUGAGAAGCUGCAGAUCGUCAAGCCCAUGGAGGGCUCUCUGACUCUGCACCACUGGCAGCAGCUGGCCAUGCCCCACCUGGGCACCAUCCUGGACCCCCACCCGGGCGUGGUCACCAAGGGCUUUCGGCCCCUCCCCCAUGAUGCUCUCGCCGACACCGUCUACCGCCUCACCGACCUGGAGGAAGACGAAGAGGGAGGCGACGAAGAACAGAAAUAUGACAUGAGAG